CCUUCGCUCUACCCAAAUACACCUCUCUCAUUCUUCUUCCCGUGAUCGUUCUAUACCUAAAGCAUCGUCGUAUCGUUCUUUCACAUUCCCAACUCAACUCGCCGAGUUCACCAAAAUCUCUCUCUCUCUCUCUCUCUCUCUCUCUCUCGUGGUCAUCGGAACAACUAAUCAUGCAAGUUGCAUCCACAGCUCGCCGACUCGCUAGACUUCUGCGACGUCCGCCGAUUCUUCUCUGCUCGGAUCACCGAUUCCAAUCGCCUCUCGUCGAAGCCCCUCACUCUUCUCUCCAAUGCCGCAAUCACACCACUCUCUGGUUCUCAGGGAUUGGUCAUGGCUCUUGCAUGACAUCAGCAUUGAAUGAUGCACAGUGCAUAUUGCAAAAUCGCUUGUGCUCAAUGAUGAAGAUGAUGGCGCCGAAGGUAUUGUACUCUACCGAGGCAAGUACGGUCAAAGGCUCUCCGACAGUGACUGUGAAGGAAUUGUAUGACAAAAUGCUUAAGUCUGUAGCAGAGCAGAGGUCCAUGCCUCCAAAUGCUUGGUUGUGGUCACUCAUUGAAAAUUGUGCCAACCACGAUGAUAUUAAGCUUCUAUUUGACAUUUUGAAACGCCUUCGUGUUUUUAGACUUUCGAAUCUUCGCAUUCAUGAAAAUUUUAAUUGCAAUCUUUGCAGAGAAAUUACUAAGACAUGUGCUCGAGUAGGGGCUAUUGACUUUGGUAAGAAGGCACUGUGGAAGCAUAAUGAGUACGGAUUGUCUCCUAGUAUUGGUUCUGCCCACCAUUUACUGUUGUAUGCUAAGCAGCAUAAUGAUGCUAAACUCAUGGUAGAGAUAAUGAAACUUCUGAAGACGAAUGAUUUACCAUUGCAACCUGGUACAGCUGACAUUGUUUUUAGCAUUUGUUACAACACAGAUAAUUGGGAAUUGCUGUCUAAGUAUGCAAAAAGGUUUGUCAUGGCCGGAGCGAAACUGCGGCAAACUUCUUUUGAUGUAUGGAUGGAAUUUGCUGCAAAAAUAGGAGAUGUUGAUUCUUUAUGGAAAAUUGAAAAGUUGAGGUCCGAAUCUAUAAAGCAGCACACUCUUUUGAGUGGGUUUUCAUGUGCCAAGGGUUUUCUACUUGAACAUAAGCCCGAGAAUGCUGCUGCAAUCAUUCAAGUUCUCAAUCAGACUCUAUCUGAUGCAAAGAAGCCUGGUAUCAUGGUUGAACUUCAAAAGCUGGUCAGUGAGUGGCCUUCGGAGGUCAUAAAGCGUCAAAAAGAGGAAGACAGGAAGGCACUGGCUGCUGCUUUACAAAAUGAUAUUCCUGCCAUGGUUAGUGCCCUACUAAACUUGGGCUUAGCGGUGAAUGUAAACAUGGAAGACCUAACCAAGAAAGAAGGCGUUCUCUGUUAAAUUUUAUUCAGCCAGGCAAGUUUAAGUUUUGACAACCAGAAGUUGGACUCAAUCUUUGCAUCACAAUACAGCAAAACAUAUGAGUUUUCUGUUAAUGCUUCCACAGAGAGCUCUCCGUCAAGCUGUCCUGUUUCUAUAUGAGGAACCACUUUCUUGAAGGUUUGAUAACAAACCCUCAACACAUGCUCUCAAGUAGUUCUCUUAUUUUGGAUGCUUUUUGUCUAUUCAUUUAGUUUAAUAUACAUUAACUAAUGAAAGCUGAAGCUAUUAGGAUGUAGUAUUCAUAAAGAGAGUUGCAAUUAGUGUAUUGAGAGAGUGUCCAUGUUUCUCGACAUGGAGUGUGUUCUGUGUUUCCUUUAUCUUUUUGGUACAUGUAGAGCGACCUGUGCCUUCCUAGGGAGCCAGUAGCAGUACAAUUUUCACAUCUUUGAAUGGUCGGAGACAUUGUUAUCACUGCUUUUUCUUGUACUCUUGUAUUGUCAAGUAUGCAGUUUAUUUGUUCUUCCAUUUGUUUGUUUGUUUUUUUAAUUAAGUUAUAAUAUUUUUUAUUGUAA